GCGGCCACCGCCUCCCGCGCACACACGGCCAUGGCGGAGGCCUCCUCACUGGAAAGGCAGAGCCCUGGCGUGGCCUCCUGCCUCGCUCACAGCCUGUGCCCGGGGGAGCCCAGCUUGCAGACCGCAGCAGUGGUGUCCAUGGGCUCUGCAGACCAUCAGUUCAACCUCGUAGAGAUCCUGUCCCAGAACUACGGCAUCCGGGAGCAGUGCGAGCAGGCCGCGGGAGACCCAGAGAAGCCCGAGGGGGAGCUGGAGAAGGACUUCAUCGCCCAGAGCAGCGACAUGCCCCUCGACGAGCUGCUUGCCCUCUAUGGCUAUGAGGCAUCAGACCCCAUCUCGGAGCGGGAGAGUGAGGGCAGUGACACCACAGCCAACCUCCCAGACAUGACCCUGGACAAGGAGCAAAUAGCGAAGGAUUUGCUUUCAGGGGAAGAAGAGGAAGAGACACAGUCAUCAGCCGAUGACCUGACCCCGUCUGUGACCUCCCAUGAGGCCUCUGACCUUUUUCCUAACCAGAGUGGACCCUGCUUCCUGGCUGAUGCAGACAAAGAGCCUAGCUCUUCCACCUCUUCCGACACAGAGGAGGACCCUCUUCCUGCCAACAAAUGUAAGAAGGAGAUCAUGGUUGGGCCUCAGUUCCAAGCCGACCUCAGCAGCCUGCAGUUGGACCGCCACGGUGAGAAACUCUAUGAGAAUGAUGACCAGCUGCUCUGGGACCCCAACAUCCUCCCCGAGAGGGAGGUGGAGGAGUUCCUGUACCGGGCAGUGAAACGGAGGUGGCACGAGAUGGCUGGGUCGCAGCUCCCGGAGGGAGAAUCGGUGAAAGACAGUGAGCAGGCGCUUUACGAGCUGGUGAAAUGCAAUUUCAAUGCAGAGGAGGCCCUGCGGAGACUGCGGUUCAAUGUGAAGGUGAUCCGAGAUGGGUUUUGUGCUUGGAGCGAAGAGGAGUGCAGGAACUUUGAGCAUGGCUUCCGAGUGCAUGGGAAGAAUUUCCACCUGAUCCAGGCCAACAAGGUGCGCACCCGGUCCGUGGGCGAGUGUGUGGAGUACUACUACCUGUGGAAGAAGUCUGAGCGCUACGACUACUUCUCCCAGCAGACGAGGCUGGGCCGGAGGAAAUAUGGCCCGUCGGGAGCCACGGAUGCAGACCAGGACCUGGACGGCAGUGACCCCGAUGGCACUGGUCGCCCCCGCUCGUCGCCACCUCUCCCUCCUGCUGCUGACAGCCUGGGCUCUGAGCAGGACCCCUUGGCACGGAUGCACACAGAGCCGCUGAGUGUAGACAGCGUGGCCGGCAGUCUCGGUGAGCCUGGGGAGAGCUCCGACAGCCUCCCAUCCUCGGAGCCGGGGCCUUGUCCGUUCCAGCAGCUGGACACGCCCCCAGCCGUGCCCCUGCCCAGGCGACCCCCUGCCCUGGCCGAGCCAGCCUUCUACCCCCCGGCCACAGCCGCUCCAGAGCCCGGCAGCAGCCCGAGACUAGCUGUGGACUUGACCCUGCCUGGGGCCCUCCCCGAGGAGCUGCCUCUCAUCUCCAGCCAUGUGGAUGUGAACGGAGAGCCUGAGGAGGCCAUGGCUCCGGCACAGGUGGCCUUGUCGGUCACCGAGUUUGGACUCAUCGGCAUUGGGGAUGUGAAUCCCUUCCUGGCUGCCCACCCAGCGUGCCCAGCCCCUGGGCUGCACUCGGAGCCCCUGUCACAGUAAAACAUUCAUAUGGUUCAAAAUCCAAAAAGGUACAAACGGGGCCGGUGCCAGGCUCCUCCCACCCCUGCCCCAGCCACCAGCCCUCCCCAGGCGCCAGGGACAGUGCUGCCUUGGGGAGCCUGUCCACCAGCACAAGUGAAAACACGGUCUGCUGGGGGAGGCGAGGUCGGGAGCCACGGUUUCAGCCCACGGCACCCAGGCCGUGCUGUCUGUGGGACUGGACUGACCCUUUCUCGGUCUCUCCCCCUGCAGCUGUAACGUGAUGACCUGUUGAUCCCUGGCCACGGGUGGGCGUGCGUGGCCUGGACUGGACGUGGGGCCACCGCGGGGCCUGCCUCUGCCAGUCUUCCCGACCCCUCCCCUCCUCGUGGGCCUCGGGUAACGCCUCCUCUGCUUCAGAACACGGCAAGGACAGGGUGAGCGGUGGCCGGGCCGCUGCCCUGCCCCCCUCACACACAGACUAGUGCCCUCGGUGCCCGGCACCACGGUCCGUGCUGUCCAGGCUGCUGCCCCCAGCGCAGGACCCAUCGGUGGCCAGAGGCGGAGGGCCCAGCCCCGUCUAGCCAGCAGAGGCGAGGAAGGUGGGGAGAUGGGGCAGGAUGCUGCCCCCACCAGCAGCCUCUGCCCGGGGCACCCUCAGCACUCCGCUUGGCUCCAUCUCCCUGCACCCGGCAGGGCCACAGGCUGCCCCAGCCCGGGGGUCAUGGGCAGCUGCUACUCGGUGCCAAACCCCGUGGGGCACAGAGCCAUAUACCUCGACGUCGGCCCCGCCUGCCCUCGACCUCCACCCUGCUCUCCACUUCAGGAAACGGCGCACUUUAUGUCCCCGCCCCGCCCCC